AAUUGUAUUUAGCGCAGAAUAUUGGCUCAGUACAUUAAAGGACGUUGCACUUUCUCUCAUCCUUUCAACCUUUUCAACAGGAAUUUUCGACGAUUGGCGGGUCUUCAUCCAUCUCCAUCACUCAUCCAUUAAUUAAAGCUCAACCCAAGGACUUUACUGACGCAGAGAAGAAGAAGAAGAAGGAAAGAUGCAAAGACCACAACUCCCAAUUCUGAUAUUGUUCUUCUGUCUUAUCAGUGUGUUUACAAGGAACCCACAUGCCCAGACACUGCCACCUGCAAGGUACGAUGGGUUCAUUUACGAGAAUAGCCUAGGUGACGCCGAUUCCAUCUUGAUUGAAGCCUUCUAUGAUCCUGUAUGCCCCGAUAGCAGAGACUCAUGGCCUCCUCUCAAACAGGCUCUUCAUUAUUAUGGGUCUCGCACUUCGCUCGUUGUUCACCUACUUCCGUUGCCGUACCAUGAUAAUGCUUUUGUUGCUUCUCGUGCUUUGCAUAUUGCAAAUAUUCUGAACACUUCUUCUACAUUCCCCUUGCUAGAGCGGUUCUAUGAGCAUCAGGAGAGAUUCUAUAAUGCUCAGACACGCAACUUAUCAAGAGCUUCAGUCGUAAAAGAAAUAGUGAAAUUUGCCACCGCAGCAGUUGGGAACUCUUAUUAUUCUGCAAUUGAAUCUGGCUUUAAUGACAGAAAAACUGAUCUUAAAACAAGGGUUUCCUUCAAGUAUAGUGCUUCAAGAGGAGUAUUUGGCACGCCUACUUUCUAUGUCAAUGGCUUCGCAUUGCCUGAUUCUGGCUCAGCCUUGGAUUAUAAAGGCUGGAGAAGUAUCAUUGAUCCACUGAUUAAAGCAAAGAAGGGCAAAAUUGGGGAGAAAUUGCAUUAUUUACUGUGAAUAGCUCAUUGCAAUUUAUAUCAUCAGAAGAAAAAGUCUGUACUACUGGUGUUGAAUUUGUGUUGAUGCAAUAAACUUUUUCAGUAGUUGAAAACAGAGAUGAUGUUACUGCUGAGUUCUGGCUUCCGACCAAGUGAAUAGUGGUUUGGAGGCCAUGAAGCGGGUAACGUAUUCUACCAGUGUGCUGCUUGCUAUUCAGAACUAAAGAUUCAUGAAAAGCAUAUGUCAUUUAUAAGAAAAGAAUUCAAAUGAGUAUUUGCAUAUUUUAUUUUA